AUGGGGUGCGUCAAGCAGUACCUGUGGAGGACCAGUCUCCUGUUCUUCUUGAGUGGACUCAUCCAAUGGGGCGGGGCUAAGGUGCUUGUUGAGGUGCAGUCUGGCCCUCUGUAUCGUGUGACUGGCUACCCUUUCUCCAUGUCCUGCAACGUGAGUGGUUUCUCUAACCCGGCAGCCCAGCAGGACUUCAGAUUCUCCAUCUACAAGCCAAACAGACCCACCCUUGAAAUCCAGAUCAUCAGCACAGACGACAACAACUAUGCCAUGGCGGUGUACGGCGGCCGUGUCAGGGGGGGUGGUAUCACUCUGGAGCGCCUGUCAGCGACCUCGGUCCUCUUCCACGUGAAGAGUCUGGAGGAGGGGGACGAGGGCGAGUACGAGUGCCACACCCCAAACUCAGAAGCUGUAUAUCACGGGACGUACAAUGCUAAAGCCACAUUGAAGGUGAUCGAGGACACCCUGACCACCUCCUCCACUGGCCCCGCCUCCUUCACACUAUCAGAGGGUGACGCCCUAACCCUGCAAUGCCUCGCCUCCAGCAACACCUUCCAGCACACCCACCUGUCUGUCACCUGGUAUCUCCAUGGAGACGGGGAGGCCUCGCCCCGCCCCAUCAUCUCUCUGGACCGUGAUUUGACGGUGAGUCUGGGUCAGGGGUUUGAGGGACGGUACCAGGCAGGGCUCAUUGGUCUGGACAAGCUGGAGCAGGCCACAUACAGGCUGAAGAUGGCCAGGAUCGAGCUGUCCGACACAGGGAGGAUCUACUGCCAGGCCCAGGAGUGGAUCCAAGACCCAGACCGGAGCUGGUACCCAAUCGCCCAUAAAGACGCACAGGCAACCACAUUGGAGGUCAAAGCCAUAGAGGGGGCUCCCGACCAGGGCUCCGGCUCUAUGGUGGUACGUAUGACCAUAUACAAAGCACAGCUCCAGGAGGGGGAGGAGCUGGCCAUGCAGUGCAUUGUGGAUGCCCAGGGCAUUGCAGGGCGUUUUUUCUCUGUGGCCUGGGUCAAGGACAACCAGGAGCUGGCCCAGAUCGGGCCAACUGGGGUCCUGUCUGUGGGGCCGGAGUACGGGGGGCGAGAGAGCGGGGGUGAGCUGAGAGCUGUGCGGACGGGGGAGAAGACACACCUGCUCACCCUGCAGCCCGUCAGAACCCAGGACCAGGGAGCGUACCACUGCAGGGCCUGGCCACAGGAGAGGGAUGGGAACGGGGUCUUCACACAGGGACCCAGGCAGGAGUCCACCACCGAGCCUAUCACCAUCACAGCUACAGAGAGUGGUUUGGCCAUUACCAUGGAGAACCAGAAGGUGAGCGUUGACGAAGGGGACGAGCUACAACUCGCCUGUAGUGUGAGUGGGGUCAAGGGUCAGCUCUCCGUCACCUGGCAAUACAGAUCAGGGGCGACGGGCCCCUUCAGUGAUGUCAUAAGCCUGAGCCAGGUGGGUGUGCUGGAACCGGGGACAGAGUUGGGGCAGAGAAACGUUCGUACCCUGCGUCCCACGGCAGACACAUUCACCCUGGAGCUGAGUGAGGUUACGCCCUCUGACGCAGGAGCCUAUCAGUGCACUGUCUCGGAGUGGACCACGGAAACCAAUGGCAAUACCAAGAAAACCAGCAGCCAGUCACAAGACUGCAUCGUGGAGGUCCGUCCCGUGGAGUCUCUGCUGAGGGUGGACCUGAAGAGUCGCGGUAUCGAGGUGACAGAGGGGGGUGAGGUGGAGCUGGUGUGUUGGGUUCGAGGGCCCUCUCUCCCGGUCACUGUGACGUGGAGCCUGCACCACGAGGGGGGGUCGGCCCCGGACAACAUCCUGACACUGUCGCACACCGGUGACAUCACGUGGCACGGCGACCAGAGCAACUACCAGUUGAGGGUGACCACAAGCAAGGGGGAGGUGCAUCACAUCCUCCGCAUCAUCAGAGCAAGCCGCAGGGAGGCAGGGCGCUACCAGUGUGUGAUCUCAGCGUUCCUGCAAGGGAGACACAGGAAGCCGCAGAACUCCAACCUGCUGGCUGUGUUGGUCCAGACUCCAGAGAGUGUACUUACCCUGUCCUCUAGCCCCUCCCCUCUGGAUCGGAGCAUCAACACAGUCAUACAGAUGGAAUGCUCCGUUGUCAAGGCAACUUCUAUAUCCUCCCACUUCGCUGUCACCUGGUUGGUCCAGAAGAAGGGGGUGGGGAACCAGACCGUCCUCAGCUCAGACCGCGAUGCCGUGAUAACACUAGGGGCGGGAUUAGGCACAGAACAGCGAAUCAGUAUGAGAAGACGUGAGAGGUGGAGCUUCGAACUGACCAUUCGACAAGCCCAUAGCUGGGACAGGGGGACGUACUACUGUGUGGUGGAGGAGUGGCUACAGGAUCCUCACAGCCUAUGGUACAAGCUCCUGUCCUCUUCUGCAGCUAUGGAACUCCGCCUACAAGAGACAGGGAGUGACCUCAGUGUUAACAAGACAGAUCUGGAGAUGGAGGUCAGAGAGGGAAAGGGGGUGGAGCUGACCUGCACUUUGACCUCAGGUGACCCUGCCUCUCUCUACGCACUCACCUGGUUCUACAUGAGGCGUGGCUCCUCCUCCUCUCACAGGGUUCCCCUGGUGAUUCUGGGCCAUGAUGGCAUCCUGAAAUACCCAGAUUACAACCAGGGGCUCCAGGACCAGAAGGGGAGGCUGAUCUUCUCCAGGACCACUCAUGGUACCUUUCUACUGGGUCUACAGGGAGCUCGUCAGGAAGACAGUGGAGUUUACCAGUGCCAUGUGGACCAGUACAAGUACAGUCAUGAUGGCAAUUGGGAAUUUAGCGCCUCCGACCAAUCAGGCACAACCAACCUCACUGUACGACGACCAAUAGAACUUGAGUCUGAAUUGCUGUCUGAACCAGGAUGUGCCACUGGAUUAGUUCUACACAUCUUCAUCCCUCUUGUCUGUAUCCUGGCAAUUGUCAUCAUGAUGCUGUCAAUCAAGCUGAAAGGGCGGGGCUCAGGUGGAAACAAGAAACAAGCCAACUCUCUGUGGGCGGAGGAAAACCCACUGAAGCCACGCCCAGAAGAAUGAGCACAGAGGAGAGGUGAGGAGGGAGAUGGAGAGAGGAUGAGAAGAGCUAAGGAAAUGGAAGGAGUACAUAAG